AUGACCUAUUGGGACGACUAUGGAAUCUUGUCAGCCGUAGCCAAGGACUUGUGGUAUUGGUUGCCUUGGAACAUCGAAGUAUUAAUUGAUAGAUUACUCCAAUAUCUUGAAAAGAUUGGGUCCGACGCACAUGCUUGCUUUAUUGUUCCCAACCAAGGCAUGGUUCAAAUGCCCCUGUUUUGGUUUGAUUUACGCGUAAUCGAGAUUAAACGUGGCUACCCAGAGUUCCAGUUCCGAACUUGUUCAUCUCCGCUCGCUCCAGAAUCAAAAAGCUGUUUGGCUCUACAGUUCGGGGGGUUUUAA